AGUUCAAAGUGUCUCAUUUUUCCAAUUUUCCCUUAAUUUUAUCACCUAACCAAAAUUUAUAUCACUAUAUGUAUACAUCUUAAAAUCACGUAGUUUUACCAAUACGUACAUAGAUGGCAAGAAAUAUUUCCAAUUUUUAAGUGAAAGAGAGCCAGAGAAAACAUUGCAAAUGAAAAUAAAAAGAUAAUAAUCAUGGGGUUUAAAGUUUGACAACAACACCAGAUUUUCCGUGUCUCUCUAAUUAAUCUUUUGUGUCUCCUCGUAAUUAACUACAUAUAAACCUUCAUAUACUUAUCUGAACUUUCUCUUACAUACAAAAAGUCUCUCAAGACAAAAGCAGUCUUUCUCUAUCUGAUUCAUGUCAAUUUUCUUCACAAAAGAAUCCAUUGUCCUAGCAUCCCAAUCAAUGGAUAGAUCAAUACCAUUAUCCGACGUAGAUGGAGAAAUGAUACAUGUUGAGGUGGUCAAUAGCCUUGAUUGGAUCAGUAAGCUCCCAAAUGAUCUUUUGCUUAAGGUCUUAUCGAAGUUGUCCAUGGAAGAAGUCCUUAGGACAAGUGUUCUAUCAAAAAGAUGGGUGGAUGUGUGGAAGGAGACAUCUCAUCUAUACUUGGACAUGCGAAGGAUCGCAAAAGCAAAAAUUCUUUUGCCCGAGGUUUCACAUCAAGCUGCUAGAUCGGUGACAAAGAUCAUAAAGGAUCACCGUGGCCAUUUGGAAAGAUGCACAAUCUACCAUGACUCCCUCCAGUGUGAAGACGGGGUGUUUGAGUCUUGGAUUCAGUCACUGGUUAAUGUGAAACACAUCAAGCAUCUCAAACUUGUAAACCUUUUUGACCAUUUUGAACCUAUCACAGGAUCCCAUGUCACACUUGACUUGCUUCCUAAGUCAUUUUCCCACCCAGACCUCAUAUCUCUCUUCCUAGAUGAGUACAACUUAGAAACUCCACAUGCUUUUUACAGUUGCCGGAGUUUAAAGGAUCUUAGUCUUAUUAACGUCUCAGCCGAAACUGAAGUCUUUAAUGCAGUCCUUGUGUCUUGCCCUUCUCUCGAAGUGCUUGCACUAAAGAUCAGUUGCCACAAAAAAGGGUUUCUGAAGAUUGAAAACCACAACCUAAAGUUCUUAUUUUUAUCCUGCCUUGGGAUAAAAGGCAUUAACGUGUCUUCACCCAACCUAGAUAUCCUCUCCAUUGAAUAUCUCUCGUGUAAGGAAGAGAACUUCUUCACUGCGAGCCCUAGGCUCCAUUCUCAUCGGAACUAUUGGGCUGCAGGACAAUGCCUUGCUCACACUAGCUAUAUUAUAUCAUGCCCCCAGCAGGGAGAAGAAAGCAUUGGGCAUAAAGUCAUGCUGAGCGGAUUCACAGAUUGUAUGAAAAUGUUGUCAUUAAUGUCGGUAAGUGUAGACUUAACAAAUGCAAAAGAAGUUGAGAUGCUCAGACAAGUGUUAGCUGCAUGGCCUGUAGAAAUGGGAGAACUUGAGAUUGUAUCUAAGAGUAACAAUGAUGCUAUCAAAGAAAGUGAGUCUUCCAUUGGAAAAACAAGGAACACGAUUUGGGAAGAGACAAAACCGUUUCCCAAUGCUGAGUUUCGUGUAUAUACGGUAUGGUUGUCUAACUUUAGCGGUUCAGAGGAAGAGUUUGCAUUAGCCUCGCGUGUGAUAACGCAUGGGACGGUAAUCUGGAACAUGAAGAUUAGACCAUCGUCCUCUUCUACAACUAAGAAGUCAAAAAUCAAAGCGGCAAUAGCGAAGCUAAAGGAACUUCCAAAAUGUCACAAUUACUUUCGUAUCACAUGUUCUGAUGAGGCUCUGGUUGAACCUAGCCUUUGGUAAUAGAGAAAGAGAACUCUUCAGAAUUUAGAUUAAAUUAUUGUUGUAUUUCCUUUUUAUGUUUAAAUAUUUGGGAUAUAAUUUGGAUGAACUUGAAUUUUAUUUGACUGUUGAUUGAGUUAUUAACUCAUUGUCUUGUUUAGUUCUUGAUUUGCUCAAUAUGCUUUGUUAAAAGGGGUUAUUAUAUAAUGAGUUGACCAAUUAUACCGAUAUGUGCGUUAAGAUAGGUGUUAAUAUAUACUAUUUAUGUAGAUUAUCAGUGAGUUGCUUCCACUGACAAACAUGGCUUUCAUAUUGUUUAGAAAUGCUGUUAAUGAUGUCGAACCCAAAGGAAAGUAGUACUAUCAUGUGACACUAUUACUAAUAUGAAUGUCAUAGAUAAAAAGUUGAGAUAUGUGGAAACAUACCGAAAUAUUGGUAACAAUAUGCAGGUUACACCAUUCCGGGAAGUUAUAAUAUACUGUGAAUCUGUGAUUA